AUGGCCGGCGUGGAUCGGAAACUAAAAUCCACUGUCACCGACCUGUCCGGCAAGAGUUGGGCCGAACUCUGCGACAGCUCGCAAUCGUCUCAGUCGCAGACCGACAUCGAUUCGCCACUAAAGCUCGGUGGCGAGGCGAGCUCGAAGAAUCGCGAUGACGAUGACGAGCUGUACGACUUGGUUUUCAAGCCGGUCAAAAAGGAGUUUGUCAAAGCCUCGACCCAGGACGACCUCAGUCUGACCUCCUUCAUGAACAAUGUACACAUGGUGACGCCGGUCAAACAGGAAUACAACGACAAGACGCUGGCGUUCGACGAAGACACCAUUUGUAGCCCGUUUGUAAAGCAAAAGUUUAAUGAUACACCAGACAUCAAACCCAAAGUGGAAGUGAUUUGUAAGGAGGAAAAUCUCAAGGAGGAAAAGAAGGAUUUACAGCACGCAAAGAGAAGAUUGACUUCUGAGUCCGUGGUAACUGAUCCUGUGUCACCUGAGCGAGUCAACAAAGUUAACAAAAAGUCCACUGAGCAUAAAAGUAUACAUGACACUGUAGAAAGCCCCAAAGUAAAAUUGGGACGUGAAACUGACCCAUUAAUUUUAGCAAGAAGACAAAAACAAAUAGAUUUUGGUAGAAAUACUAUUGGAUACGUAAAGUAUCUGGAACAAGUUCCUAAACAUGAACGUAAAAAGAGGCAUCCUAAAACUCCUCCAAAAAAUUUGAAAUAUACUAGACGAGCCUGGGAUGGAUUAAUUAAAAACUGGAGAGUUAAGUUACAUUUAUUUGAUCCUGAUAGGAGACAUGAUGAUGAUGAUGCCCUGACCACUGGUUCAAGUUCUAAUUUGUAUUCACUUGGAUCAAUGACUAGUUUGGACUCAAGUUCACAGGCGUCAGAUUCGAGGCCAUCAACGCCACCACCGAGUUUGUCUGAAGUUUCAUCACAAAUAAAACGAGAAAAUCAUGAAGAUGUUCUUACUCUUAAUCAAAUGAAGUCUAAGAAGUAUAAAACUGAUAAUAAUUAA